CGCCUUAGCCAUCUCCCCCGAAACUCUCUUGGCCAAAAACGCAUGGCGUUCGGACCAGUUUGUGGCAGUUCGGAAGUGCAGCUGCAUGUGUUGGGGAAGCGACUCAUUUGAAUAAUUGAAAUCCACUUGCACUGCAAUUAAGAGCAUAAAACGAAAUGUUUGCGUUUCUACACUUUCCAUGCGGGCCCAGUCGGUCCGAGUCACAAAAUCGAAUGCAUUGAGCUCGACUUGGCUUAAAUUGCCGGAAAAUUUCGUUUCAGCAAUCGAAUUGUCUGUCUUCCCAGCGCUCUGAAAACAUGCAUCGGAAUGGGAAUGCACUUGGUGUACGAGUUCAUUUUCGAGUUGCAGCGGAAGUUGUUAAAGGCCUUUCGAGACAUUCAAAUGGGGCAAUCUCACGCACAAGGCCAGCAUUAUGGUUUGCCCCCAGGACCAGUUAUUCUCAGCUAAAUGAAUCUCAUGUCCCGCAUAAAUGUCAGCCAAACACUUUAAAGUGCAGCCGCUAAUUGCCACACACAUGGUUAGACUAAAUGUGUUGAACACGGAAAUUGCAUGAUAACCUGGUGUAAAGUUUUUGACAUGGUUUCGAAAUACCUUUCAAAACGAUUUGGGGCUAGGCAAUUAUAAAAAGGACUCGUCCUGCGAGAAUCACAAACAGUUCCGCGAUGGCUAUGGGAUGGAUCGUCCUUAUUUUCUGGUGCUUUGGCCAGUUGAGUGCCCAGUCAUUCAAUAUUACUCGUCCUACAGAUCUGGAGUUGGAGGAUAGAUUACUUCAAGUUCUUUUGCAACUAAAUUUGGAAGAAGAGUAUAAUACACUGCUGGUCUACGGAAAAGAAUGUGUGUUCCAUUCGUUACUAAGACACUUGGCGAUCCCCACAGUCAUUGUGGGGUCGGGAAGUACCAAUUAUACUUGGAACUUCAGUACCUCGACCCUUAUAUUGACCUGUGGGUCUGAUGCAGAUAGGGAGGAGAAUUCGAACACCCUACUGAAGUUGCAGAGAACCAGGCGACUGAUCUACCUACAGGAUAAUAGUGAACCAGAGUCUAUUUGUAACAAAUAUUCCCAGAAGGAGCAGCAUAACAUUGCUAUGGUGAAGUCAAGCUUUUAUCAGUCGGAUUCCAUCUAUUCCUGUCGCUACUUUCAGACACCCAACUAUAAGGAAGGACACUUUUCUGAAGACCAACCCAUAUACAUUGAGAACUUUCAGAAUAUGCAUGGGACUACGAUUAGAACGGUGCCAGAUCGUAUGGUGCCUCGAACCAUAGUUUAUCAGGAUAAGAAGACUGGCGAGACCAAGAUGGUGGGCUAUCUGGCCAACAUGAUGAACACCUACGCCCAGAAACUGAAUGCCAAGCUGCAGUUUAUAAACAUUACAGAGCUAGGAGUUGAGAAAGCCAAUAUGGAUGAUAUUUUGAACUGGGCAAAGCAGGACAUUCUGGACAUUGGCACCGCAUUGACCAGUUCCUUGCAGACUAAGGGUAUGGAUAACGUAGGGUAUCCCUACUUGCUGACCGGCUACCUCCUAAUGAUUCCAGUGCCCGCCAAACUGCCCUACAACUUGGUGUACUCGAUGAUAGUGGACUCACAGGUUCUCAGCAUUAUCUUCGUUCUGUUGUGUGUGUUCUCGGUUCUGAUAAUCUACACCCAAAACCUUUCCUGGCGGAACCUCACCCUGGCCAACGUCCUUUUGAAUGACAAAAGCCUUCGAGGCCUUUUGGGCCAAUCAUUUCCAUUUCCCCCCAAUCCCAGCAAGCACCUCAAGCUUGUCAUCUUCGUCCUGUGCUUCGCCAGCGUUAUGAUCACCACCAUGUAUGAGGCCUAUCUGCAAACGUACUUCACUCGACCUCCGUCCGAACCGUCUAUUCGCGCCUUUCGCGAUAUCGGAAACUUUUCGCAAAAGCUGGCGAUAAGCAGGAUUGAAGUAAAGGUCCUUACCUCCUUAAACAAUUCUCAUUUUCGUGAAAUCAGCGAGGAUCACCUGAUGAUUUUCGACGACUGGUCAAAAUACCUAGACAUGCGUGACUCCUUGAAUACAAGUUUUAUAUAUCCGAUUUCUGUGGAUCGAUGGAGUGGCUUUGAGGCGCAACAGAAGUUUUUCGAAGAGCCCGCCUUUUAUCUGGCCUCCGAUCUAUGCUUUAAUGAGCUUAUGUUCUUCAAUACCCCCCUGCGACGAUAUCUGCCCCAUCGACACCUCUUCAAUGACCACAUGAUGCGGCAGCACGAAUUCGGCUUGGUGGGGUUCUGGAAGAGCCAGAGCUUCCUUGAAAUGGUUAGAUUGAAACUAGCACCCAUGAAAGACCUCAGUCACAAGCAAAGAACUGAGGACAGCUUACUGCUCGACGAUAUUUCCUGGAUACUUAAGCUUUAUAUGGGAGCCAUCGCAGCUAGUAUUUGCUGCUUUAUACUGGAUAUAUCUCGAUGCGGUGAGAGGUGUAAUCGGUUGUGGAGGCGACGGAGGUAAAUAAGUGGUUUUCCAAGUAUUAAAUAGUAUAUUAGUGAAUUUUAUUAAUUAAAUACCUAAAUCAGAUUCAUUAAAACAGAAAAAGAAAUAUAUUAUUGGAUUUGUAACAUUAUCAUAGUUAUAUAAAUUCAGACUAUUAAAAUUUACUG